CCGCCCGACGGAGGUUAUAAAGAGAACCCGAAUGGUUCGCAGUGCAAGACAUUGAAGUCCGCUCGCACUGUUACAUUUGCGAAAUCAAACGCGACCAGAGUACCGGAUUAGGCGAGUUUGUGGUAGCUGAAGACGAAGGAAACGCAGAAGUCGAAGAUCUUGUGCGCGCUACUUAGUGGAUUAAUCCCCAAAGCGUCCAAUGAGGAGUGAAACUUUGUGGUUGGUGCUGUUAGGCCUGACCUUAGCUCAUGUCAUCCAGGCCAGAAAAAUCCGCGUUCAACCUCGCCUGCUACCGCAGGACGAACAGGGGGAUGAAGGCAUCGAGUACUACGCGGCUGAACCUGCCCAAGACAGACAACGCGUUGUUUUAGUCUCUUCAGAUAACUAUAACGGCCUGUAUGGGGAGCAAACAGCGUCGGCCCGACAGGACAACUACCUGCAACGGUCUCCUGCAAAAGGACAAACUUACGUUCAAAGGGUGAAGGAGGCCCCCAGAGAACCGCCGGUUCAAACCAUCAGGAACUACAACAAAGUGAACGACGAUGGUUCCUUCACCUUUGGGUAUGAGGCUGCUGAUGGCAGCUUCAAGGAAGAGACCCGCGGUACCGAUUGCGUGGUGCGAGGAAAGUACGGUUAUGUGGAUCCAGAUGGGAACAAGAGGGAGUUUACCUAUGUGUCAGGCAACCCUUGCGACCCCAACGCACCGAAGGAGGAAGACGAUGAACCCAAUGAAAGUGCCGAAAACGAAAACGUGCCAGCCAACUACCCGACCAGACCCAUCCGCCCUAUUCAGCGCCCAGUCAGCACCCCCAAGCCGGUCACCCUGUUCCAAUCGCAGUACGACCAAGGGGAGGACGAACAGCCUGAGCCCGAGCAGCUGCUCAGACCAACGCCUGCGCCAAUCAGAAGCCGACCCCAAUACAUCGCCCGGCCGCAGUACCAGUCCCAAUCCGAACAGCCAGUGUCGUACCGACAACAACAAGCUCAACCCUCCAGCACUCCUGCUUCUACUGUUUAUAGGCAGCAGGUGGCGCCAGUGACCAUCACGCCCAGGCCGAUCUACCAAACGGCGUCCCCAACGUCCUCUACUAGAGCACAGCUUCCUCCCACCACCUUCAGACCUCAGCUGCUUCAAGUGUCGCCCACUCCUAGGCCUAGUUUGCUCUAUACCCCCAAGGCUGCGUUGCCGUCACCAUCUCCAACCAAAGGAAUCGACUUUGAUGCGGAGUUCCAAAGAUUCCAGCAGGAGAACGACUUAGGCUCGCCAGCAACAGCGGGCAAAGCCCGGCCAGAUCCAGUGGGGCAAGUUUACAGUUCUGCGCUUCUGUACGACGCAGCUACAGGUCAGUACAACAACCAGCUCUACCAGUCGCUGCCUCAAAGUGAGGGCCAGUUCGGGUUUAACCAGAGGAUACAGCCCUAUGUGCAUCAGCAGCAGCAACAACAACAACAGCGCAGGCCACCCGUUAACCUACAGCUUCAAGCUCAGCCUACGCCGCUCUACAGACAGCAGCAGAUCAACCCUCAGGCGGUCUAUCAGGCGCAACAGGCCGAAGUGCAGUUUCAGAACUCGGCGCAACUGUACGCGCAGCAACAGAAGGCACGUCAGCAGCAACAAGCAACCUCAGUGGCGCCCCCUGUUUACUACAUUCAGCCGUCAGUGAGCAGCACAGGCGCUUUGGGAGCCGGACAAAUCGACGCCUUUCUUCGAGGCCACAACAUUCAGUUCUAGUUUCCUUUUGAGUUUGUUGCUAAGCCCGUUUCUCCUCGAGUCUACUAGAGGGAUGUUAGUUCUGUCUGCAAGUUUUCAUGAGGGGCGGGAUCGUUCGAAGCCACUGCCCCAAUUCUUUGAUGCUUUCAUGCGGCCAACUGCAUUAUUUAUUUAAUUUUGUACAUUUGUGUUUAGGCUCUAGUUAGGACGAUGUAUUGUUAUACUAUUAAGCGUCUGUCUAUUUAUAUAAAUAUAUGUAUAUAAUUGACA